CAUAAACAGCUGCGGUGUUGUUGCUGAUCCUGAGGAUUAGACAAGACUAACAAGAGUCACGACUUAUUAAUUACAGAUGAGUGGACCCAAUUUCCAGGAAAGUGAAGUGCGAAUCGCACACUCUCUAAAUAAGAACGAGGAGGAGUUUGUGGCUAAAAGGAGAAAAGAUGUUCUGGAAACCCUGUUGAAAAUCGGCAUAAGAUGCAAUCAGGAUAAAGUGCCAAACAUUGCAUUACUGGGUUCUGGAGGAGGACAAAGAGCCAUGGUGGGUUUGCUGGGAUGCCUGGAUCAGCUUGAUAAAGCAGGUCUUCUGGACUGUGUCCUUUAUCUGAGCGGAGUCUCUGGAUCCACCUGGUGCAUGGCCUCCUUAUAUAAGGAACCAGACUGGUCUACUAAACUACAGGCUGUCAAAGAGAGAAUCGUCAGGAGAAUCAGCGGUCCUGCAGUCCGCUGGUCAGAUGCACAUAACAAACUGUUGAAAUAUUUCAGCGGGAAAGACCACUUCAGCUUGACUGACGUCUGGGCAGUGAUGGCUGUCACAACAUUUGUGAAAGAGAUUGACGAGAGCACACUUAGCGAUCAGCAGGAGCAGCACAAGAAAGACCCGCUUCCCAUCUACACAGUGAUCGACAAGCAAUGCAAAGACGGAGAUCCCUGGUUCGAGAUCACUCCAUAUGAAGCUGGUUAUUCCCUCACUGGAGCAUUUGUGGAUACUCCCAGUUUCGGCAGCCAGUUUACUAACGGCCGUAAAGUCAAACCGCAGCCUGAAGUGGACAUGCUGUACCUGCAAAGUCUUUGUGGCAGUGCUUUAGGUGACAGAGAAAUGAUUCACAGCUUUAUCUUGGGGAAAAUACAAGAGUUCUUUAUGGAAUCAACACCCGCUGAGGAAACCAAGAAAAAUCCAAACCCCCCACCAGAAGACCAGUGUUCUCAGGUGCUGACGGAUCUUACGGACAUGAAUAUCUGUGUGUUGAAAGGCCAGGAUCCGACUCCUCUUGAUGAAUCCAUCAGAACAAAGCUGAAAGAGCUCUCUGGAGAUGAACAGCAGCUCAUAUCUCAAGUGAAAAAAGUGAAUUUCCGCGAUAAAAGAGAAGCAGAACCAGAAAUCAAUCAAUACACAGAGGAUGUGUGCGACUUCAUGUGUAGAUUGAAACUGCAAUUGCCUCUAGGUACUCAGAUGCGAAUGACUAUUUCUAAAUGCAUGGCUCUGUGGAUCUGGGGCAGGAAUUAUGACUUUCUCCACAACAUGAAAGAUGAAGAGGUGCCUACUGCUCUUCUGAAAAGUGAUACCAGAGACUAUGAAGAUGCCGGGCUGUUGCUGAACUCACCCUACUUCUCUGUGCUGAGAAAAGAAAGAAACAUUGACCUCAUCAUUUCUCUGGAUUUCAGUGAAGGCGAUCCUUUCCUGACAGUGAGAGACGCUGCUGAGACGUGCAGAAAACUAAACAUCCCUUUUCCUGAAGUCAACAUUCCUGAUCAAGACAUCGAGAAACCGAAGGACUUCUAUGUGUUCAAAGGCCAAAACACUCCAACCGUGAUUCACAUGCCUCUCUUUAAUGUGGUCAACUGCGGAGAUCAACUUGAGGAUUGGAGGAGAAAUUAUGCCACCUUCCAAAAAGCUCUCAGUGCUGAGAUGAUCACCGAUCUAAUGAACAUCGCUGGAAAAAACAUCUCAAACACCGCAGAAAGACUGAUGGAGGAGAUCCGUGCAGUCAUUGGAUAAAAAAUAUGACCCGAACAAGUGGUACUUUCUCAAGGAAUGAAGUCUUCAGUGUUAGAUUUGUUUUUUCAGUGUAAAUGCAUGUUUCAUUCAUUGAUUCAUUCGUUUUCAGCUUAGUUUCUUUAUUAAUCAUUUAUGUAUUAAACAUUUAUGUAGCACCGUUGUCCUGCGAGACACGACAUUUCGUUCCUCUGUAUGUUCACACAUGUAGCAGAAUGACAAUAAAGCUUGACUUGACUUGA